AUGCCGCUGAGGUUUCGCUCUGUUGUUCCCUACACGUUACCUGGAGUCCUCGCAUUAAUUGGCUGGUGGUGGUACACCUCGCGUAAGAAAGACCGGCUGGUCUGCCAUGACAGUCCGGACGGAGCUCCCACUGCGAUCGGCCUCAGAACAUCUCCAUCGGAGGGCAGCAACGGAUUGGUGGAGAAAGUCACAGACAGCCCCACAAGCGACACAGAAAGCUCCCUCAGACCUACACAGAGCGGGAAACAGAGAACACAGCAUGUUUCCAGUGAAGCUGCACAAAGAUCGGAAGAAGCUGCUCAUCACCUGGAAAGAAUACCCCACCUUUCCUCGCAGAAGUCUCCCAGGAACGAGGAUGACCUCCAGGUGUUACCAAAGGAACAGAAAGACCUGGAGAGAAGCUCGCUAACGGAGCACGAGAAGCACAGGGUCAAAGAUCUGGCCUCAGCUCCAGCAGCAGCGGCAAAGGAGGUGGUUCUAACCUGCCAGUCUACCAAAGUAUCAAGCUCCUCACCCCUGUCUGAUGCAGAGAGGCCAGAGCCCGAAGGGGAGGUCGCGAAGCACCACAGCACUGUAAGCACGCAGGAGGAGGUGCUGGUCUGCACUGUCACCCCCGCCAAAGUCCAGCAAGCGACCCCCUCAGAGGUAGACUCUGUGGAGACUCCGCCUUCAGCACAGGAUUUCCACGCUCAUGUCCUGACCAGCACGCCCACCUUCCCCUCCACAUCCCUGUCCUCCACAGCUCUCACGGCCGUCCAGGACUCCUCCGCCCUCUCAUCAAAAACCAGUGCGGAUGUCCAGGUCCACACAGAGGAGCCGGAUCUGGAGCUUCUGGCAGCUGGACUCAUAACUGAGGUCAUCUCGGCAGCCACUCAGGAGGUCCUCGGUGUCACCAGCAGCCAGGGAACAGAGCGCGGCGGCAGACUUUGCUCUCAGCAGGAGCCAAUCACAGCCGAGCAGCUCCUCCUGCUGACCAGUCCCUCUCAGAGUGAGAAAGAGGAACAAGGGAUGUCUAAUGGCUGCUCCUUGGAUGCAGUAUGGGAGCCUGUAGAGGUCAGAGUUCAUCAGACACACAGUGCACAGAGAGGACACUGGCACCAGCCGGCUCAGAGCUCCUCUGUGCUCAAUAAGAAGCUGAGAGGAGAUGAGGCGGCGGUGCUUGCUGAGGACUCGGCCUGCAGCACAUGUCACUCUGAGGACGGUGUCAGCAGCGAGGACCUGCUCAACAGCAUGUUUGACAACCACACAGACGUCCUGCAGGUGACAGACCUGUCGGUGAUAGAGGGCACACAAACUCCAUCGCAGGUGGAGUCAGCUACAGAGGAGACGGCUGUGGCGGAAGGAGAGGAGAUAUCUGUGGAUGCUACGGGAGAGAUAAAGAGGCUAAAUGGGAUGGGACUAAGGAACGGCGCACACGGCACGUGUGAGGUGGAGACGGAUCAGUCUGGAGGUGAGACCGCAACCUGUCAAUAGUCACAUUUGUGAGAGAAGAAGUGUUGCCAGUUAUAGUCUGUAUAUAUUGGGGGGAGUGGAAUAUGAAGGAGCCAAAACUCAUGCAUUACUUGAAAGCCUUAAACAGUAGCUUUUACUUUGACACAUCUUUCAGAAAGAGGCGCCCAGAACUUAAAGAGACAAAUCAGGCAGAAAAAGCAACAGCAGUUAGUAAAGUUCAGUCACAUCAAAUGCAUAAGCACAAACGCUAGGUUUCACACAUCAAACAUCCAGCCUUGCAGCAUGACAGCAUUUAACACAAACUGAGCUAGCUAAAACGUUUUUUUUUUUAUAAUUGUAGAGGUCGUUGUUUCAGCUUUGACAGGGAGUUGUUGAAUGACUCUUGUUGACACUGCAGGUCUUUGUUAGUCAUCAUGUGUCUUUUCAGUGGAAGCCCAUCAUGGUGGAUUCUGAUUCUGUCACUGACUCAAACGUGUUAUAAAUAUAGUUUUGCAGCCUGCAAAGCUGCUUGUUGAUUGCUGUUGCUAUCCUUGAUAUUUAGGGCUGCCUUAAUGAUCAUCUGUUAUUGUCUCCAAGUUUAAAUCUAAAAAUGUGAGUGCGUGCUGUAACGUGCUGAGCUGUGCAAAUAGAAGUCAACUGCUUUGCAGACUAAUGGGACUUUUUGUUUAAGUUUGAGUGCUUUUUAAGCCUAGAUGCUUUUGUAUGAUGGGCGUACAUAAUCCUUUGUUUACAGACUGGAUAAUUUUAGAGAGGGUUUUUCGCUGCAGACAGUUUAUAAACAGAUGUAAACAUAGCAGAAUAUUUAGGUUAAGGCUUUCUUCUCUUGCAGACUCUACUUGGUCAUGUAAAUUAGUUUUUUUUUUGCCCAAACUUCUGAUAUAAUUAUCUGUGAGGUAUUUUUGAGAGGAGGGAGAGCAGCUGCAACCUCUUUCCACACCUGUAGAUCAGCCCCAUCACACAGUCUACCAGGUAAUAAUUUACAGGACAGAGCCACGGGUACAAGUCCAAGGAAACAGAGUAGUGACAGAUAAAAUAUAAGGCAUGUAUAGUGUUCCACUGAUAAGACUUGUUCUUUAUUUUCCAAAUUCUAUUCCUUUCACAGGUGCAAAUCCAUAUUUAAUUUACAUAUAGCAUGUGUUUAUGGUGGUUGUGGGUAACCUGUAAACUGUUUGCCAACAGCCAGUAAAUACUAAAAGAAGAAAAAAGCUCAAGUGCCAGUUGCCCGUAAACAGGUGUGGCACUGGGACAUUCAGAACUAGAAAAAAACGUGCAGAGAUCUGCUGCACUUCUGUGAUGAGCACCUUAGAAAUAAUUAAGGACACAAGAGCCACAGUCCCAUCAGUGAGCUUUGGGAUCUGUUGAGCUGGUAUCAUGACAUGAAUUGUGUCUUGUCAUGAAAAACCUGUUAUGCACGGCCAAAAUCAUACAGAAUAUGAACAGUAUAAUAAUAAAUAUAUCCCAUUUGACCGAUGUUGCCGUAAGUUUUGGGAGUGUUGCUUUACAUUUUGCUGUUACAUGGAUAUUUUGACGUAAUUUUGCAGGAGAAAUAAUAUCUUACUGUCAAAGGAGAUAUCUUCAAACUCAAGGUGGUUUUCUUGUAAAGUUGCAAGUCAGAGUAACAUAGCGAUUAAUCAUGCAUGUGUUGGUGAUACAUUGCAGUCAGUCUUGUAGGUAAAGGUGACGUGUUGCAGAAAAAAAGAUUAUUCAUGUUUUGGAGGUUAAGGAGAUUUAGUUGCAGUAACUUGCAGGCGUAUGUAUCAGUAAAUUUUGCAGUUAAAGGCAUUUGUACAUGUAGUGUUGCAUUAUGUAUUUCAAGUGUGGUAAUGGUUACAGGUGAAAUUAUCAGUGGAUGUAAAAAUUGCAGGUAAAUUUGGCAUAUUAUUUUACAUUUUGCCAGUUUCGGUGCUGUUGAAUUUAUUUUUUUCAGGUAGUAGUUGUAUUUUUAGGUUAAUAUUGCAGCUUUGGUCGAUUUUGCAACAAAUCUUGAUAAUUAGUUGCGAUAAAAGUUCCGUAUUAAGGUGAUGUUUCAGUAAAUGUAAGUGCUGGAGUAACUGUGCAGGGUUAGGAUAUUAGUCGCAGUAAAAAUCUCAGGUGUAAGUGUCAGAGUAAAUGUCAAUGCCACAGUACUUUUUUCCAGGUAAAGGUGUUUAUCUUCUGUCUCCUCAGGUUCUGAUGUGAACAGUAUGGACUCGGUGGACAGUGGGUGUACGAUGGGAGUCAGUGACAGUCAGAGUAACCAUGCUGCCUCCUCCAGCUCAGAGCUCAUAAUCUGGGAAAUUGAGGUGCCAAAGGUGAGUGUGAAAUACUCACUUUAUUUGUGCAGUCAUGAGUUAUCAGUCCACCCACCUACACAUGUGAUCAUCUCAUUGGGAGUUUUUCCCUCUCUAAUGGUCACAGAGUUAUCCAGUUAAUAAUUCAUAGGACGGUUGUAGACCAGCAGAUCAGAGUCCAAGAUCGAAGGACAAAAGAGUUUUACCUUGACUGAGUUUAGAUUAAAAAUCUGGUUUGCCUGAACUUAACAUAUGCUCUUUUUUCUUUCCUCACAUUUUUCUUCUCUUUAAGUCUCACUCUGAUCAUUUGUUUUAUUUCUAUUUAAAGUGUGCUAAGUGGUCUUUAGUUUUUAGCCAAAAUCACAUUACCUGUGACAUUUUCAAGAACUUUUCUUCUGUAGAGCUCCAGUAGCUCAUAAACAAUUCACCUCUGAGUCGUGGGCAGAGACAGCGCUGCUCUGCACACUCCUCUUCACACUAGCUUGUAGCCUAACAUUGCCGGUGCAGCAAAAGUUGCUAGUAACAUAGCAGCAAUUCAGCUCUCGGACACUCGUGUCUUUGAGGGCAUGAUAAAAGCUAGUAUUAGCAUUAGCUUUCUUACGAGCAUUGUAAUCUCCAUCAUCCUCUCUACUUCUCGGGGUCUGACCUGCAGAGCGGGGCGCCGGGAGCAGAUUAUAGGUUUGUGAGGUAGAAAACCCCACUGUACCAGAACUUGCCGUUUGGGUCUGCCACAAGUUCACAGCAAUUUGAAUGAAGAAAGAAAUACUUAUGAAAUGUCCUCAAGCAUGUAUAAAUGCCAUUUGUACAUGGAGACAACAAGAAAACCAUGAUUGGGGUGGGUCUUAAAGCAUUGUUGAGGAAUUAGGCAUGUAUACAUUUCGCCUCUUUGCUGAUUUUGUCCUGAACAUGUGAAGACGGGGUUUUCUAACAAAAGUUCAGUCUGAAUGUUAGCCUUUAAAAAUGUAAAGCAGAGCUGCAUCUUCAGCAGUGGAGAAAGUAGGGGAUGACACGCUGCAAUGGUUCAUAUUGACUCCAUAGCUUUCUGGGUCUGUUUGUUACAGAUUUUGUUGAAACGAUCAAUCACAAUGACGUGUUUUGAAUUUCUGUCCCAGCAUCUAGUCGGGCGGUUAAUAGGAAAACAAGGGAGAUACGUGAGUUUUUUGAAGCAGAACUCUGGUGCGAAGAUCUACAUCUCCACUCUGCCUUACACACAGGAGUUUCAGAUCUGUCACAUAGAGGGUGAGUGACAAAAAAACAGAUCCACUUGUCUCUUUUGUUUCUAUUUUGCACCCAUGAAUCCACGUUUUAUGUAAGUAUGAUUGACUUCUGUUUGCCUUCUGUACAGGUACACAGCAGCAGGUCGACAAAGCUCUGUCACUGAUAGGAAAGAAGUUUAAAGAUCUGGACCUGACAAACCUUUAUGCACCUCCACCGCCCCCCCUGACAUUACCAUCUCUUCCCAUGACAUCCUGGGUAAGGAACAUCUCUGUGGGCGCUCUUUUUUUAUUCUUUCUACCUUUGAUUCGUUUCAUGCGGUGAACUAAAAAACUGGCGUGUAUGUGUGUGACCCCGAGGAGCAGAAGAGCAGUGCAAGUAGAGAGUGCACUCAUCAAUUUAGCGAUGAUUAGGUCAGGGAAAAAAUGCAUGUCAUGUGGGUUCAGAAAACAAAAAUACAAUGGGCUUUCAUAAAGUCUUAAUCCUGAAAACCUCGUUUCAGUGGAGCAGCUGAGGUCCAUUGUUGUGAACAGUGGAGCAUGGCAUUCCAGUAUGUGUUUUUUACGUGUGUGUCAGCCUGACCCCACAAAGCUCUGACAUGUAGAGAGCAUUGUAGCAGGAGAAUGAAGCUGCAGCUGAACCAAAAUGUGGCAGCAAGUCAGCAUGGCAAUGUUGAAUUUUGGUACAAAUGUUUACCUGUCGUAUGACAAGCAGACCUGUAAAAUUUACUCAUCCUUUGCAUUACUUGGCAGAACUGUACUGCAGUUAACUUAGGCAAGAGUAUUGCAAACUUUUUAAUCCCUCUGUCCUUUUUUUUUUUUUUUUUUUUUUUCACUUCCUGCAGCUAUACCUCUGGCAUGUAACAGAUUUUAUUAACUUUUAUUUUUAAGGUAUCCCUCUUUUACACUCAGAGUACUGCCAUUUUUUCAACACUGCAAAUUAAGUCAGAAGUCUAAAGCUAAAAAUCACAAAGCGUACCUUUUUCAUUUUCUCCGCCUAAUCAUUUUCUGCGGUCUGUUAUUGUGUUGAUUUUGCUGAAUCAUAACAGACACUGGGAAAAGUUAGAGUCUAAUUUAUCUCUCCAGCUCCUGCUCCCCAGCGGAGUGACAGUCGAGGUGAUUGUGGUGAACAUCGUGUCGGCUGGUCAUGUCUUUGUGCAGCAGCACACACACCCUACCUACCAUGCCCUGAGGAGUCUUGACCAGCAGAUGUUCCUCUGCUACUCACAACCAGGCACGCCGGCCUUGCCCUCACCUGCAGAAGGUAAAGACACACACACACACACACACACACUGAUAAAUGUCCUCAUCCUGAAUACAGGGGCCGCUGCAUCUGCGUCUUCAGUGACCUUUUAAAAGUCACCAGCUGCGUACCAGCCCAGAGGAGACAAAAAGACUUUGAGCUCCAGUUUUUGUUUUAAAUGCAAUCGAAAACUCCAAACAUGUGCUGACAGAGAAGUUCAUUGUCAUCAUGAAGUGCACACCAAAGGGAGUGUCAUUGAGCUCGUCUAGAAUCAGAAUUCUAAAAAAAAUGCGUCAAAAGAAAAUAUAAAUACACAAAGUUUGACCCAAACAAGUUUUUAUAGUGACCAGUGAAACACUGUAGCGAUGCUCAAAAUAAAAAGAACUAAUGAAAAUAUUCUUCUGUGUGUUUGCAGUUGGUGUUAUCUGUGCAGCUCCAGCGGUGGAAGGAGCUUGGUGGAGAGCUCAGGUGAUCACCUUCUACAAAGAAACAAACGAGGUGGAGAUCAGAUAUGUUGAUUAUGGCGGCUACGACAGAGUAAAGAUUGACUCACUACGUCAGAUCAGGUGAGAGUUUCUGGUCCUGGAAGUUUUUUUGGGGAAUCAUUGAUCACCAGAACAAAAUAUACAGCUCUCUCAAUUACCCAUCCAUCCAUCCAUCUAGUUUGUCCCACUUAUCUCAGGUCAGGUCUUUGUGGAAGACGGAAGAUGUGAUUAUAUUGAAGAUGUAUUAUGCAAUAUGUGGUAUAUUAUACUACAUGUAUUCACAGUCUUGUUCAUUUGGUCACUAUCCAAAGCUUAUGGCUACAGAUGAAGGUGUAAUGUGGAUGGAAUGAUAAAUUAAAAGCUUGGUCUUCAGGCUCAGAUCCCUGUUUACAACAAUGGUCCCCUACAGCACCGAUAUUACUGCUAAUGCCACACCAACUAUUUGUUAAUCCUCAUGAUCUGUUUUACCCUGUGUUGUGUCCUGAGCCCUGUGCCAGGUGAUAACAACACUCACUGUGAAAAAGAACCAGUGAUACUUGAACUUCCUCUCUUGAGGCAAAGUCUCUCAUCCCACCUGGAGGGAGAAAUCAACUGUUUCCUGGCAGAGAGUUAAGGCCUUAACCUUAAAAAUGCUGACCCAUUUCCUUCAACUUUUACUUUCUCUCACACCUAUAAGACAAGAAACAUGCUGUGUUCCUGCUGUAAGAGGAAAAACUGAGGAGGAAAUGUAACAUCGUCUUUAACCUCUAACCAGAAAUUAGAAAAUGAAAUUACAAAAUAAUCAUCAAAAUAAAUUAGGAGUGGUGGUUUGGGAGUUUUUAUUUGCAUUCUUAUAAAGGUUGUCUUAUAAAGUUGUGCUCCAAAAGCAUCAUUGUAAAUAUUUGUUUUUCUCCAGAGAUGUACUCCCCUAUCUCUCAAAUAUUUGAAGCCAGUUCAGAUAUUCAAAUAUAAAUAUUCAUAUAUAAAUAUUCAUAUUAUAAACCUUCUUUAUUCAUAGACAUUAUGAAAGAAAAGUGUUUUUGUUCCCGGCAGAGCCUCUGUUUAAGUUAUUUAAAUCUAUCUAUUAUGUGAUGGUAAUCUGAAUGAAAUUGAAGUAACAGUUUAAUGUUUUUCAUUUCACUUUUACUUGAGCAUUUUACUUUGUGCUUAGAGCAGCUGCUGCUGUUGGAGUAAAAAGUUUAAAACACCGCCAUCUAGAGGGGAGUUUCAACAAUGCAAGUUUUUCCUAAUGCAGCCAAGUUUUAGCUUUGUCUUGAAGAAGUAGACAUGAGGUGUGACGUGAGUUUCAUUUUUAUUUUGCAGGUCUGAUUUUGUAACACUACCGUUCCAAGGUGCGGAGGUUUUGCUCGAUAAUAUCGCUCCACUUCCAGGUAAAACACAGUAAAUCAUAAGUGCAAGUUUAUUAGAACAUGUUGCAGUCAAACUCGGUACAUGUUCUCCAUUUUCAUUUUUGUGACACUUUUUAAAUCAAAACUUCUUAAAUCAGGAGAGGACCGUUUCUCUGCUGAGGCCACGUCAGCAUUGGAAGAAAUAACCAGAGGAGUGGCGCUGCUUGCACAGGUGAGAAAAGCCUCCUCACAGAUCUUCCUCAGAGUGUGAGAGUGAACUAUCACUGAUGAAAUAUUUCUUCUCUCUCUCUGAAGGUCUCAAACUAUGACAACAACACAGGUCUCCCUCUAGUGCACUUGUGGAACAUGGUUGGAGAUGAGGUAGGGCUGGUCAUGUGAUAAUAAUUGUUAUAGACCCACAACUUUACAACCUCCAUUUUCUAAACUAUAGAUACAGACGUGUUUCAAGAGUCUUUUGAUGUAUAACACAGAAAAUUUGACUUACUGAAAUAUGUUCAUUUCAGCAUUCAGUAUUUUAUUCCUUUUACUCAAACUAUUGCAUCAGUGAGGCAGUCAGUCUGCUCUGCUGGGGUGUUUUUGAAGCUCAGGUUAGAAGCCUUCAGCUCAACUGUGUUCUCUCUGUGGGUUCAGGUCAGACCAGUUGGCUGACCAGUCAAGCUCAUACCACGGUCAGCAAACCAGUUUGUGGUAGUUUUGGUACUGCAGGCAAGUGCAAGGUCCAGCUGAAAAAGGAAAUCUGUAUCUCCAUCAGGCUUCUCAGUAGAUGGAAGCAUGAAGGUCUCUAAAAUCUCCUGAUAGACUUGAGGCUAUGUUGACUCUGGACUUCAUCAAACAUAGCAGACCAACACCAGCAGAUAACAUGGCACCCCCGAAUCAUUGCAGACUUUAGAAACCUCAUGUUGGACUUUUAGAGUAGUGUCAUUAAGCAGUGGCUAAACCAACACCCCAGCUGGAUCCUGCUCCUGAAGAGAAAUGUUUGAGGAUACUAAUCUGUCAUACCUUCUCCCUGCAGGUGAUUUCAGUGAACCGCACGCUGGCAGAGCGGGGACUUGGUGUUUGGGUGGAUGGAUUUUGA